GUUCAUUUUGUGUACGACACCACUGGGUACGAUACCCGAGAAACGUAGUAAACUUGAAUCACUCACGAUCACAUGCUCCAUGCCCGACAGUCUGUGAGCCAACAUGUUGCAACCAAUAAUGACAGAGUUGUCUGCAAUGAGGAUUGUUCUGGCAAGUGGGUCACCUAGACGCAAGGACGUCCUCAAUAACAUUGGAAUUAAGUUUGACAUCGUUCCAUCAACUUUUGAGGAGAAUUUAGACAAGUCAUCGUUCAAUUCGGCUGUAGAGUAUGCUAAAGAGACUGCCCUAGGGAAAGCCAUCGAAGUCGCCCAGAGACUUCAAGGGGCAAAUGAACCUGAUCUCGUCAUCGCUGCAGACACAGUUGUAACGCUGGAAGACCGAAUCUUUGAGAAACCAAAAGAUAAAAAGGAUGCAUUUCAGAUGCUGAGUCAUCUGAGUGGUAGGACUCAUUGCGUCAACACAGGCAUGGCGCUCAUUACUCGCAGGAAAGGGAGUGCAGAUGAAUCCAAUGGUCCAUUCCAUGUGACACAGUUUCACGAGACCACAGAGGUCACGCUCGGUGACCUUUCGCCUGAAGUCAUCCAGGGGUACGUUGACACAGGCGAACCAUUAGACAAGGCUGGUGGUUAUGGCAUCCAAGAGCUAGGAGGGACGCUAGUCAAGGGAAUCACUGGAGACUAUUUCAACGUCGUCGGACUUCCCGUUCAUAAUUUCUGCUGCCAUCUGCUGACGUUAUUUGGACAUCCAGUUUUUAAAAAAGAACAGUCCACCUAAGAUUGAGAGAGCAGCUUGUUGAGAUCGAAGGAGCUGUGCCCAGAGGUUGCACAUUUUGGACUUGAAAGAUGCUCUGGAAGCUUGAAGCUUCAUAGGGCUUCUAAGAUCACAACGUGACGUUGACUCUUUCGAAAGUUGCCUCAAAACUUACUAAUUUAUUCAAGCUUAUCUCAGACCCCAGCACAGUGAAUAGGUUUUGUUACUACUAUUACUAUUGUAGAUCCUACCAUUUGGGAAGAAGCCAUUUGCGAGUUAAAUUUGAAUAAAAUCUGGAACGCUAAUGUAAUCCAAUGCUUUUCACGUUUUAACUUUGCAUUCUCCCGACCAAAGAGACUGACUAUAUCACGUGAUACUGGGGAACAAUUGACCCCCCCCCCCCCCAACAGCAAAAGCCAUACAAAUGUAUCUUAGUAUUCUUUGGUACUCUGGCCCCCCUGAUACUCGGGGCUGGGGAUGGGCCUGGCAGUACCCACCAUGCACGUGCCAGUCUCCAUAUAAGGAGAUUGUUAUUACUACUCAUGAGAGGCACAUACCGUGACAUAGCUAGUGGGGGUAUUUUAAAAAACUUGAAGUAAAAUUGUUGAGCAAAAUUGUUGGAAAUUUGUAAUUUUUACCUGUUUUGACUUUUUGACCCAAAGGUAUUUAUGAAUGGGAAUAAAUAUGUGCUUGGCUGGUUCUUGGGGCCUGGUUGACGAUAAUGUAGUGUCCAAUGUAGCGUCCAUGCAUAAUUAGUGCCCAGUGUCAGACUUUGUCACUGCAUCAUGGCCGUGAUUGGUGGAAACAUCAUGGGUGGGGCUUUAAGCUUAACAGAUUGGUCCAUUACAAUUUGUGGGUUGUAAGGGACACAUAAUGUGUCUGUGUGUACCUUGCAAAAGGUGUCACAAAUGUUAAUCUUAGGACUAAAGGCGAGGAGGGGGCAGAAAAAUCCUGGGCUCAUCGUGCAGCAGUAAUGCUUUCUGAAAAGGGCAGUACAUUUUGUAUGGGUCAGCAAAUUAAAAGUUAUUCUGACAGGGUAUAGAAUCAUUUUAUCCCCCAAACAAACUUUCUGUCCUUUGCAAUCCAUCAUGUUGAUUAUAAAUAACGAAAAUUAUGAUGGUUCUACCUUUUUAUAUAUUGGAACAAAAUGUAGAGAGGGGAUAUAUGAACCGAUUCGAAUUUUAUAAAACUCUGAGGUAAACUUUCUUGUGUUGUUCCCAAAUAAAUAUAUUUGUCAGAAGUCAAAAACUU